AUCUCGCUUCUUCUCUACCAUGUCCUCGCCAUCUUCUCCUGCUGCUGCUGCUGCUUCUCGCAUUGUUGCGACCAUGGAUACUUGAGCUGGAGAUAAUCUGCUGCAGAAGUGACGACAGGAAGCCAUGAAAGGACUCGGGAGUGAGACCCCCAUUAAACUGAGCAACCCCAGAUUUCUGCAGAAGAGAGCUUUGAGCUUCCAGAAAGAAUUCUCCCUCGAAGAAAAAGACAACCCGGUAAAAAGCACCAAGGAUAUAGAUGUUAGUCUCCCCAAAGUCUCUGAGUUGAGGAAACGGUUUGAAGGCAUUAGCACAAGCACAAGUGACUGGGAGAUGAACAGAAAGGACCGUAUAGCUCGGCGGUUGGAGGGCAUCGAGGGUGAGGUGCUACCGAGUUUGGUGGCCAACCGGCUUCUGGAGGAGGACACACCCCGAUAUGCCAGGGCCUCUGAUCCCUGUGAGCCCUUUGGUGUUACAGUCCAGCGGUAUGGCAUGGAGGGAUUUGAAUGCCCAUCAAUGCAGCUGUCGGCUCCAGAGCAACAGUCCAUGGCUCCCUGCAGACCUGAUCCUCAGUCCUCCAUCCACAUGGAGCCUGUCUACACCUCCACCACCGGUGCCCCUGAGCUCGAGUCCAAGGCUGAACGCAUCGCCCGCUAUAAGGCGGAGCGGCGUAAGCAGCUGGCGGAGCGCUACGGCAUCUCUUUAGACCAGGAGCCGGACUCGGGGCAGCAGCCGCGCUACACUCACGCCCAAAAGGAUUCGGAAGGCUCAGAGAGGCGAAUCCAAGAGGAGUUGGUGAGGGAGGACAGGCGGGACAUCGCCCCAAGUUCCUACACCGGCACCUCUGCCACCAGCCCAAGGGCGGGACACGCAGCACCACAGCACUGCCACCCCGACCCGGGUCACGGGACGGGACGGACCAGAGUGGACUCCUUCACAGAGAGGGAGAGGCUGAUGAACCUGGAGAAUGAACGUAGAGCGGCUCUGCCCGAGCCUCCGUCCUCUUCUUCGUACAUGGACGUGACAUCAUUUUCCUCGGCGGCCAGGGUUCCCGCCAAGGACUACUCUGUCACAGGGAUGUCACCCAGAUCCCCCAAGCUGAGCAGGCACCUUUCCCUCUCCUCGCCUAAGCCCGGGGUGUCUCCUGGGGACCUAUUCAUCAAGCAGCAGGCCCACAACAUCCUCACCAGACACGGUGCAAGAGCGAAACUCAGCACUGAUUGGUUCCUCAAGACUGAUGCUGAGGGCGACACCCAUUCCCUCAUCAACUGGCCCUCAAGAAUCCGAGUUAGGGAGAGACUUGCCAAGGAGGAGGGACGCCAGAAGAGCCCAGAGCUGGGAAAUGUUACAGAAGCGCCAGUGUAUCGCAGACCCCAGACCCAAACCUCUACACACCACCAUGCAGAUCCACCAGGGCCCCAUCAGGUCUACCCCCAUCUUCAGCAUCACCCCCAGGCUCAUCUCAGUCGACCUGGGCCGCCGGGAGUUCAGGAAGUUGGCGGUUACCCCAGUUACCUGUCCAUGGCUUCCGACGGUCCCACAUCCGGUUCCAGGCAGCAAGAGCCACAGGAAGACGAUACUGAGGAGUCGGAGGACGUCAAGACAGAAGGCCUCUUGAGGAGCAGGAAAGCAGUGCUGCCCUCACAGAUUCGCCACAGGGAGAGAAGCACUGAGGACCCAUGGAAAGGAAGGGGGGAUGAGGAGCAAGGGAUGACAAGGGCGCUGAGUCUGGCAAGAGAGGCAGAGGUAGAGGAAACGGCAAGAGGACGACAGCAAACCAGAGCCAGGGGGGACAAAAUGGAGCGUACCUCUCUGGGAGGUCUGCAAGCAUCAGAGAGCAGGCCCAGAGAGCGGGAGAAUGCCAUCUAUAUCCACAAUGUGGUGGCCGCCACCCACAUCCAGCCCAAAGCGGCAGCCCCGAGCCGCCUGGUGUCAGAAGCUGGGGAUCCACGAGGGUUCAAUCAGAGGAACCCACCGCAGCACGCCCGCGACCCCCGAGAGGUCAGGGAGGGCGGUGGUGUCGGCAACCAAGAGAAUUGCCAGGACAGUCGGAUGUCUGUGGCCCAGCUCAGGCACUCCUACAUUGAGAGCACCACCACCGUUCCGACCGGCCGCAGGAACGAGCUGUCCCGUGCAAGUUCAGAUCUUGCUCCCGCUAAAGCUGACGAAGAGAAGCUAGAUGAACGGGCCAAGCUGAGCGUGGCGGCCAAGCGCUCUCUCUUCAGGGAGCUGGAGAAGAGCAUUGAUGGGGGAGCUCCCAAACCGCGGUCCAGGAACGCAGCGGUGGACAGGAGACUGAGGCGGACACAAGACCGGUCGAGGACUCAGCCAGUCACCACUGAGGAAGUAGUCAUCGCUGCCACCCUGCAGGCGUCCUCGCAGCAGAGAGCCCGGGAUCAAGCGCGGGAGGCUCAACAGGUGCAGGACACCCAGGAGGUCCAGGUCUCUAAGCCGGUUUCCACAGUGGAGGGAAAAGGCCAGUACCAGGGUCUGGGCCAGGGUCAAGAUGAGCCUGACCUCAGCACUCUCAGCCUGGCUGAAAAGAUGGCCCUGUUCAACCGGCUGGCUCAGCCUCCCAUCAGGGUCACCCGCACCAGAGGGGACACGCACCAGCGCAGGGCCAACGCCCGCUACCAGACACAACCCAUUACGCUGGGAGAUAUGGAGCAGCUUCAAAACGAUCCAGGCUCUCGGUUCAGACAGCUCCCCGCCUCAUCAUCGCCCUCCUCCGCUCUAAGAGGAGCCACCGUCUCUACGGACCACGCCGGAGACAUCCACAUAACCCGAGCAGCGGCGCCGCCGGCCCGGGUCGAGCCCCUCCCCCCCGCCUCAGAGGUCCCCUCCCGGUGGUCCCGGGACUCGGCCAACCAGCAGAGGUGCCAAAUAUUAAUGUUGCCGCGUGGAGAAGACGGAACUGAUCUGGGAGGAGGGAAGAGGAAGCUGCCCUCUCUGGAGGGAGCGGUCAGGCAGCCUACUCUGCCCCAGCCCCAGACUGGAAGAGAGAGGAGGAGGAGGAGGGAGGAGGAGGAGGAGGAAGUGGAGGAGUGGCUGGCCAGAGGGUGGGGAGAGAGAGCCGUGCAGAGCUCAGAGAGACACAUGCUCCAGGAGAAGCAGGAGGCGCACGCACAGCCCGCAGACAGCAAGAGGAGCAGGGCCAUCAGUGGAGAGCUGCCAGAGUCCUCCGCGGUCACAUCCAGAGUAGGAUCUGGUUCUACUCCAGCGGCGGACGUGCACCCAGUUCAGCCGGAGGAGGGAGAGGACCUCAGCGACAUGAUUAUGGCGCAACAGAUGUCCAUCAGAGAGAGAGUGGCGUUGUUGAAGAAGAGAGGUGAGGACGACUGGAGGAGCCGGAUCAAUAGGAAGCAGGACACGGCGAAGGUGGCCGUCGGCGAGCAGCUCACUCAGCUCUGGGAGGCGGAGCAGAGCUUCAAGAAGAAGGAAGACGAAGUGCUGCUGAUGAUCGAUGAGUUCGCCAUGCCCGAACAGCUAUGGGAGCCGGCCUUUGCCUCCACUUUCUCUCCUCCUGAGUCUCCCUCCCGCACUCCUUCCCCCGAUGAGUCGACUAGCCAGACCACCAGAUCUCCCAGACCCAUGCAGGUGGAUGAGAGACACCCCUGGAGACAGAAGAGAAUAGCUGAGGCGGAGAUGGAGUGCCAGGGGAUCGAGUCCCACCUGUCCAUCCGGGAGAGGAAGCGGCUGAUCGUAGCCCAAGAGGAGGCCUGGAAGACGAAAGGCCACGGAGCAGCCAACGACUCCACCCAAUUCACGGUGGCUGCGCGCAUGGUGAAGAAAGGGUUGGCUUCCCCAUCAGCCCUCCAGUCUCAAGUGUCCUCCAAAGCCAAGAACAGCAGCCUCGCCAUCUCCAAACCUCAAGAAGAGAUCAAGGCCGUGCCAGAUCUGAACCUGGAGUCGGAUAUGAAGCUGGAUAAACUUGAGUCAUUCCUCGGCAAGCUCAACAGCAAAGUGUCUUUACUUCAAGAAGCAACCAUCACGGUCACACAGAAGAAGGUGAAGGAGGUGAUGACCCUCGAAGACGAAACUUUUUCCAAGUUCUAUCGCCAAGUGGAGGAGUUCCCUGCCGCCACCAACAAGGUACAGCUGGACUUCGACGACUUCGAUGCCAUCUUCGGCCCCCAGGUGCCAAAGCUGACCUCGGGGAUGGAGCAGCACAAGCGGGCGGUGCGCCCGGCGCGUAACGUCCCGUCGUCCAGGAACCCUCUGAAGAUGCUGGCCGCCAGGCAGGACAUCAGACACGAGUACACGGAGCAGAGGCUCAACAUCGGCCUGCUGGAGAGCAAGAGGAUGAAGGCUGAGAAGAUGAACAAGAACUCUGGUUUCUCUGACGUGGCUCUGGCCGGUCUGGCCAGCAAGGAGAACUUCAGCAACGUCAACCUACGCAGCGUCAACAUUUCCGAACAGAUGUCCAACAACAGCGCGGUGCCUUACAAGAAACUCAUGCUCUUGCAGGUUAAAGGCCGACGGCACGUCCAGACCAGGCUGGUGGAGCCCAGAGCGUCCUCCAUGAACAGUGGCGAUUGCUUCCUCCUCGUCACGCCACACAACUGCUUCAUCUGGACCGGGGAGUUUGCCAACGUCAUCGAGAAGAACAAGGCUUCAGAGUUAGCAAACUUCAUCCAGAGAAAGAGAGACUUGGGUUGCCGUGCGAACUACGUCCAGGUCAUCGAAGAGGCCGUCGGCACGCACAGCCACACUGCCAAGGACUUCUGGAAGAUUCUGGGGGGGCAGUCGAGUUAUCAGUCUGCAGGAACACCAGAUGAAGACGAGCUGUACGAGGGGGCCAUCGUGGAGACGAACUGUAUCUACCGCCUGAUGGAUGACAAACUGGUCCCAGAUGAUGAUUUUUGGGCCAAGGUGCCCCGUUGUUCACUGCUCAACCUCAAAGAGGUGUUGGUGUUUGACUUUGGCAGCGAGAUGUACAUAUGGCACGGAAAGGAAGUGACGCUGGCACAGAGGAAGAUGGCCUUCCAGCUGGCAAAGCACCUGUGGAACGGCACCUUCGACUACACCAACUGUGACAUCAACCCGCUCGACCCGGGGGAGUGCAACCCCCUCAUACCCAAGAAAGGUCAAGGCCGACCCGACUGGGCCGUGUUCGGCAGGCUGACUCAGCACAAUGAAACCACCCUGUUCAAAGAGAAGUUCCUGGACUGGAGCGACUCCAGGAAAACACCAAGCCCCGCAAAGAGCAACGACCACAUCGCCGAUCUGAAGGAGCUGUCCACCUCUGAUCAGCCCCGAGCGUACGACGCCUCCCUGAUGCUGCCCCUCCAUGGGGCGCCCGUCGGCACCAGGCUGGACGGGUUCGACGUUGGGCGGGGCUACGGCCUGGUGGAGGGCGAGGAGUGGCGGAGCGCCGAGAUCAGCACGCUGGCGGUGGAGGUGUGGCACAUCCUGGAGUUCGACUACAGCCGCCUGCCGUGCCAGAGCAUCGGCCAGUUUCACGAGGGCGACACAUACGUGAUGAAGUGGAAGUACAUGGUCAGCACCGCAGUGGGGAGGAGACAGAACCCGGACCAGCAGAAGAUGGCGGGGGCCGGGAAGGAGAAGUGCUGCUACUUCUUCUGGCAGGGCCGCAACUCCACCGUCAGUGAGAAGGGGACGUCGGCGCUGAUGACGGUAGAGCUGGACGAGGAGCGGGGGGCACAGGUUCAGGUCCAGCAGGGUAAGGAGCCUCCGUGUUUCCUGCAGUGCUUCAAAGGAGGAAUGGUGGUCCACUCGGGGAAGAGGGAGGAGCAGGAGGAGAACUCGCAGAGUGACUGGCGUCUGUACUGCGUGCGGGGGGAGGCGGAGGUGGAGGGCCAACUGCUGGAGGUGGCCUGUCAUUGCAGCAGCCUGCGCUCCAGGGUCUCCAUGGUGCUGCUGAGCGCGAGCCAGGCCCUCAUCUACCUGUGGCACGGCUGCAAGUCUCAGGCUCACACGCGGGAGGUGGCGCGCACCACCGCCAACCAAAUCAAAGAGCAUUGUCCUCUGGAAGCAGGCCUCCACAGCAGCAGCACGGUGACCAUCCGGGAGUGCGACGAGGGAGCAGAGCCCGCAGGAUUCUGGGAGCCCCUCGGCAGGAGGGACAGGAAAGCAUACGACUGCAUGCUGCAAGACCCAGGGAGGUUUAACUUCUCACCUCGUCUGUACCAGCUGAGCAGCAGCUCAGGGGAGUUUGCAGCAGUGGAGUUUCUUUACCCAGCCAGAGACCCCAAGGAGGUCAACUCCAUGCCCUUCCUGCAGGAGGACCUAUACACGGCCUCCCAGCCAGCCGUGUUCCUGGUGGACAACCACCACGAGGUGUAUCUGUGGCAGGGCUGGUGGCCUCAGGACAGCGAAAGCACCGGCUCAGCCCGAAUCCGCUGGGACUCGGACAGGAAGUGUGCCAUGGAGACUGUGCUGCAGUACUGUAGAGAGAAGAAUGAGAAGAAGCCUCCCAAAGCGUACCUGAUCCACGCCGGUCUGGAGCCUCUCACCUUCACCAACAUGUUCCCCAGCUGGGAGCACAGAGAGGACAUCGCUGAGAUCACUGAGAGGGAGGCUGAGGUGUGUAACCAGAUUAUCCUGGUGGAGGACGUGUUGGCCCGGCUGUGUAAGACCGCGUACCCACUGGCAGAUAUUCUGGCUCGGCCGCUGCCUGAGGGCGUUGACCCUCUUCGCCUGGAGGUCUACCUGUCUGACGGGGACUUUGAGAAAGCCCUGGAGGUGACCAGAGAGGAGUACGGAGCUUUGCCUGUCUGGAAGCAGGUGAAGCUGAAGAAAGCCAAAGGACUUUUUUAAACGGGCCGGAACGGAGAGCCGACCUAAAGACACCGGGACGCCCGGACACAACGGAGGCUCGGGAGCUCCGCAUCUCCCGAGGCAACCGUGACGGACGAGAGGAGCAAUGAGGGUACAGAAGGAGGUGAUCAGUGAAGCCAGAGGCCGCGCCGGGUUCCUUAUGCUGCACGUUUCCCGCCAGCUUUUGCGUUGGCGUUUUAGUCGUAUAAAUUGGAGACGAACGCACCUUACGAGAAGUUUAUUGAAUUUAAUGUUAAUGUACAUAUGUACCAUACGCAGCCCAGUGCCUUCACAUUGUCAGCCACGCAGCCAUCUGUCAAGAGUCAAGAGUGGGAUUAGGCCUGUCAGCCUGUUCAGCACGCUCUGCUAUUACUGUAUGUAUGUAAUAUAAUGUAAUGUUAUGUAUGUAUGUAUGUAUGUAUGUUUGGCCAUUACAAAUAAUUUAUAUUUAUCAAAUCCAUAUAGGGUUUCUUUUUUUCUUUUUUUAAAGACCAUGAAUAUUCACUGAGCUAGAAAUUAUGAAUAAUAUAUGAGGAGGUCUGUGUCAUAUGUUGAUAAAUACUGGAAAUCACAGAACUCUCUAUCGCUGUAUAGUUCACCGCAUGCCAUUUACAAAUCCAACGAUGCAGCUAGGUUAUUGAGUCUUGUGUCCGAUAGAAGAAAAGGAUUCAGGGCGAUGAUGUAAUGCGUUUGAUUGUUUUCUUUUUAAGCCUUCAGUAUAUAGUGCCUUGCUUUUGUGUACAGUUUCUAUAUAGUCUGCAUUUUGGAGGCGUUUUGUGAUAUAAAGAAAUAUUAGAGAAAUAAACUCUGAAAGUUAGGAA